UUGCACGCAUGUUUUUAGAACUUGCCUUUCAACUUAACGUCGGUUAACUGAAAAACGGCUUCGGUAACUUUCCUAACUCCACCUGUUUACGUACACAUUUUGCACUGUAUCUCAGCAAUUCGCCUUGAAGCGGCACAGGAAUUGUUGACGUGGAAGUAAAUCCUCAGGUAUUCUAUACCACGGUACUAGAUAUAGGUCAGUUGUCAGCUUCACUUCCAGCCGCUGUAACUGCAGAGGCUGUUUGGGUUCCAGAGCCGAGCUAGGCGUGUUUACGGAGAGAAGUAUUCCGUAUCUGCCUGGCACCAACCCCGUCCAUCAUCUGUCGUUACUCACUCAGUGACACACAUGGAUUGCAUUGGCGACCGAGGCACUGAGGUGCAGGAAUUCUAUCGGGGUGCCAACGUGCUGAUCACUGGUGGGACUGGCUUCAUGGGCAAAGUGCUGAUGGAGAAACUGCUCCGGUCCUGUCCACAUCUCAACACUAUCUAUGUGCUGAUCCGUAGCAAGAAGGGCAAAGACCCCGAAACUCGUCUUGAGGAUAUAUUCAGCGAUCCGUUGUUCGAUAAAAUGAAAGACAACGAGCCGAAGCUUCGUCAUAAGGUGGUAGCCAUAUCUGGGGACUGUAACCUGCAGGGUAUGGGGCUCAAAUCCUUGGACCGGAGCCUGCUUAUGGAGGACGUGACCCAUAUAUUCCACGUAGCCGCCACUGUGCGUUUCGAUGAGGCUAUGCGCCUUGCCGUCGGCAUCAAUGUUAUGGGCACACACAACGUACUGGAGCUCGCCAAGGAAAUGUCGAAACUGAAGGUCGUGAUCCAUGUUUCGACAGCGUACUGCAACUGUCAUCUUCAGGAGAUUGAGGAGAAGCUCUACACCUAUUCAUUCACACACCAAAAAGUAUCCGCUAUUGCGGAUAGCGUGAGCGAUAAAGUAAUGGAAGUGAUUACCCCAUAUAUGCUGGAAGAGUGGCCUAACACUUACGCCUUCACGAAAGCCGUGGCAGAAGAUUUAGUUAGAGAUGAAGGAGUUGGUCUCCCCAUCGGCGUCUUCAGACCAGCUAUAGUUGUGGCCACGCGCGACGAGCCUGUCUGCGGAUGGAUUGACAAUUUAUACGGGCCUACCGGUGUGUUCGUUGGGGCCGGAACUGGUUUAAUCAGGACAGUGCACAUUGAUGGAGACAAGGUUGCCAACAUAGUUCCUGUUGACAUGGCCGUCAAUGCUCUAAUAGUGUCGGCGUGGGAAGUUGCCAACAAGCCCAGGGCCCAGAGUGGUGAUGAGAUCCCUGUGUACAACUAUGUGUCUUCGGUGCAAAGGCCGCUCACCUGGGAGCAGUUCAUGGAGAAGAGCUCGCGUCAUGGGAAGAAGGUGCCACCUAUGCGAGGCGUCUGGUGCUAUUCGUUGACACUGAAUAAGCAUCGCUCCUUGCACUUACUGUAUACAUUCCUGCUGCAUGUGCUGCCGGCCAUCAUCGUAGACGGUUUUGCAGCGCUCCUGGGAAAACGGCCCAAGUUACUGAAGAUCUACAAGAAGAUCAAUAAGUUCAUCAACGUUAUAUCCUAUUUCGGUACCCGAGAGUGGAAAUUCACGAACAAAAAUGUUCAAGCUUUGUGGGAGAGGCUGAAUGAAGAGGACAGGAAAAUGUUCGACUUUGAUAUCGGAGGGCUCGACUGGGAGAAAUAUUUCUACAGUUAUGGACGAGGAGUCAGGGUAUACCUGUUGAAGGACGAACUCGCCACAGUUCCACAGGCCAAGGCAAAGUAUAAAAGGUUAGUCUUGAUGCACCAAGGGGUGAAGCUUCUGGUGCUGAUCCUUGUGUUGAGGUUGCUGUGGACGAUAUGGAGCCUCUUGUCAUAGAAGCGACAAUUCCUAAUCUCCAGCUGCGUGAAGCAACACAAGGACGUGUACAAAGCGUGAACUUUCACAACGACAAAGAGCACUUUACCUCUUGCCUCUGAGUUCACGUUAAAUAUGCUUAUGUGUGUGACGUUUUUAUGGGCCAUACCAGCCUUGUUGUUUCCAUAAGACAAGAGCAUAAAUGUGCACUGUUUUGGACAACAUAUAUUUCUCCACGUUUGUUGUUUUCAGUUCCGUCCCUUUUAUUCGUCUUGGUGUUCAUUAUUGCAUAUAUAAUAGUUCAUUGCUGACACAGCCAAUUUCCAAUAUGGAGGAAAAGCUGAAAUAUUUGUGUCAGCAUAGCACCCUGCGGUGUGCAGCAAAGUUACUUCGUUACACUGGCGAUGGAACCAAAGAGAAAGGGGAAGCAUGACAUCACAGAUUACGUCAGACACGAACUAAGAGUUUAGGAAAUAAUAAAUACCAUAAAAUUUGGCAUUUUGUUACUUCCUCGCAUUGUCAUCUCCUACUUCCAUUGUCUUUGAACAAAAAUGAAAGCAUGAAACUUGUGCCCUCUCGUAAAUAUUUAUUUGUCAUAUAUAAUUGCAUACAUUUCAGGAAAUAGUUUUAAGAAGGCGGCGAGAAUGAAACAGCAUCCCUUAGAAUAGCGUCCAAAAAAAAAAAGCCACGAACGAUCGUUUCUAACAAUAAAGCCGCUCUGCCAGCAUCCGCAACACAUUUUUUUUCUUUUCAUCGUGUUGAAAUGAACGCAAAUUAAUUAAAUCCUGACAGGGAAUUCCGCAAAUGUUCUUCGUCUGGCUGAAAUUGUGAAUUAUUUGAAGCAUCUAAAGACGCGUACGGCCAUUCAACGUCGUCAUAAUGAUGGGAAAUGUAAAUAUUUUCCGAUCAGAAUUUCGGAAGAUGUGAAAAUUACACAAUUUCUGAUUACAAUAUUUUGCCAUACAAUAUAAAAGUUUGGUUUUACGAACUAGGAACGGAUGAAGAAAGCAGUCUUCUGGGAUGUGGAGCCGUGUAGAUAUUGUGUUAACCGACGUUUCGGAGGAACGUAUCGCCUCAAUCUUCAGGCUAGAAGAAAAGAGAAGAAAGUCCUCGAGCGAGGAACUAGCUCGCACUGACAAUGUGAAAAAGUGUUCAGUAUUGUCACGUACUCUGGUAACGCGAGUAAUUAAUGGGUUCUCUGGAUUGAUGAAUCGAUUUAUUGGAUAUUCACCAGUCGGAUCUAGAAAUAUUUAUAACACUUCAAAAGGUUACUGGAACAAUGACACACGAAGUCUUCAACACUUCCAGCUUUAGACGCUCCUUGUACGAAUUCUGUGAGCAGAUCUGUACCCAAUCUACUCAUCUACUCUCUUCUGUCUCUUAUUCGGACUGGGCUACUACUCGGUAGGACUCUCUAGUAUCUAAUCUCUUCUCUUCUGUAUUCUCUUUCUGGUCAGUUCUCUCGACCUAAGCUGGCUUCAUGCCGAUUGGAUAUGAAACACUCCAUGCAAAGGUACACUUCUUCGUUUUUGCUAUUGCCAUCGAAAUGUGUUUUCAUUGCCGCGUGAACAAUCUUUACUUAGCCGUUGUAACAGAAACGUUUCAGUACGUGUUGCCUUUGAAUCGAUGUCUCUGUCACAGCCUCUGAGACGUGUUUCAACAAGCCGUUACCUAGCAAUGGACUAUUUAUCAAGAAUUUGCCUUAACGGGAAGUCAUUUACCAACACGUUGCACAGCAAUGGGUGUAUAUUUAACAAUAUUUUGUGCAACUAUAGAAAUUUCCCUUCUAAUUUUUAGGACUGCAAUUAAUAAAUUUAUGUGGCUCACGGUUAGGCCUACAAGUAUGCGUACACACAUGAGGACGGUUGCCGCCAAAUGAUGAAGAGACAAAUCAGUCAGACAAGAAUUCCGGCCUUUAGGUCUACAUUACGAGAUGGGUGAUGGUUUCUGCUGAAAUUCAAACACUUCAACUUUUGUUGUAAAUAUUUAUGAAAAGGCGUUUGUGUAUAGAAGUUACCUGAGAUUUUCAAUAAACGUUUACUAUCAAAAUGUGUACUUAGAUUUUUGCACGUUUUAUUUUACUUCUUGAUUACUUAACGAAAAGCCUCUCAUACUUUGUUAUUCCUGUCUAAAUAUUAUUAUAA